CUUACAUGCUUCCCUUGUAUCAUUCUGAGAUUACAGAGCUUAAGUUUGUGGUUUGACUUUUUAUUGAGUACAUGAUAAGUAGCUACUUGUCAGUGAUUGAAUAAUAACCUCAUAGUUACAGGUGAUUAGCUAAUAACUACCUAUUUGCUGCUCAGAGCCUGUUCUUCACUGAUGGGAUUCCUUUUCUCUGUUAUUGUAUUGCCUUGUAUCUUGAAACAGUCAGGUUGUUGGGUGGCCUCCUGUAAGAGCUUACAGAAUGAAUAGCAUGGCCAACCAAGGAAAAACAAUAGCUGCCACAGGAUUUAGCCCUACUUUUGAUAAGAAUGAAAGCAAGAAUAUUAUGGCAGAGAAGAAUAACAUCAGCUGCUACAAGAAAAGUGGCAAAGCUAAGCAAAGUUCCCUGUUUGUGAAGGUGAAUAUCGAUGGAACUCCAAUUGGAAGGAAGGUUGAUCUGAACUCUCAUGGAUGCAAAAACAUUGGAAGCUAUGUUUCUCAGACCCACCACAAGCAUGGAUCCAAGAAGGUCAAGUGUACAUGAAGACAACAAAAUGGCUGAUUUAAAAAGACCCUCAAAACUGAUUGAUGGAUCAGCUGAAUUUGUGCUUACUUAUGAGGAUAAGGAAGGAGACUGGAUGCUUGUUGGAGAUGUUCCAUGGGGACAAAUGUACAUUUGCUUUUCUGUUGCCGUGUUUGAGAAGUAAAGAUCUUUGUCCAACAUUGGAGUGGCUUUGGUGGUCAUGAUCUUCAUAUUUGUAUGUUACAUUGAAAUUGCACCUGUUGUAUGAUAAUGAGGAUCACGUGCCUCCAACAUGGAAUCUGAUGAGAUAUAGAACAUGAAAUUGGUAUAGCUUUUUGGGUUAUUUCUGAUAUCUAGAUAGCUAUUGAGGAUUAAUGUAUGCUACAUGACAUUUCAAAGUAACGCUUGAAGCAUGCUAGUUUGACUUCUAGAAAGUCAAUGUUGUAAAAUUCUGGUUUCACAUUAUGACAUGUUGAUUUACUGAUCAAUCCCUCAGCGCAUGAUUGAUGAUUUUUUCUUAAUUUCUUGAUUUUUUCUUGUGAUAAUGAGACUGAAACAUGACAGUUUAUAUUGUAAGCCUAACCCAGUUUUGUUUUUUGGGCCAGUAGGGAAGAAAAUGUUAGCUAGAAA